CCAGGAGUUCCUGGGCGGAGUUUCGGAGUCCCAUUUAGGAAGUGGGCGAUUGACCUCGAGUAAUUAUAUCUAGCAGCUUUUCAAUAUUUGAUGCUUCAACAAGUUCUUCCUUUCCCACAUUCUCGUAACCAACUGCCUGGACUGUUUAUUCUGUUACUUUGUCCCAUUUCGCGCACUUUGCUCCCUCGACUCAAUCAUCUGAGAUGGCCACCACCGAGACGAAACCUUCACAGACCUACGAGGCUGGCUGCCACUGCGGCUUCAUCAGCCUUUCCGUCAUACUCUCGCCGCCGUUUCCCGAAUAUGUGGUCACCCAGUGCAAUUGCUCCAUCUGUCGUCGUGCGGGAUACCUCCUAGUCUAUCCUCUUCACGAGGCUGUGACCUGGCACCACGGCUCCGAUACUCGCGUGGGGCGCUACCAGUUCAACACCAAGACUCGCGAUCACAUGUUCUGCCCCAAGUGCGGUGCGAGCAUUGGGAUUGACUUCAAUCACAAGGAACCGAAGUCAUAUGGAAUCAGUCUACGGCAGUUCAACGACGUUGACUUGGAUUCCGUCAAGUACAGUCAGUUUGACGGAGUUCAUCUGCUGAAACCUGCUAUCGAUUUGUCUGGGAAGCAGAUAAAUGUGGAAACCGGAGAGGACGUCCCGCCAAGUGCCUGAAAUUCGAAAACAAGGUCAUGAUGCAUGAAGUUAGCGUUGGCGUUCGAAGUAGUGGUGCAUGAGGGUGGUGUUGAGGUGGACGGCUAGCUAACAGCCGAUGCGCCAGUUGGAGGCUGGUGAGACGGUCGGAUAUCAACUACCUUGCUAGCUUUGAGCUGAAUUGAUUUGACAUCGAGAUCGCCCGCAAUGAUCGUCGUGAGAUGCAUCGUGGGUGGACUAGAGCGGCAAGCCAUGUACGCAUGCCGCAUGGAUGGAGGAGUAAUGAUCUCCCAACUGUGGCAAUUCAAUACAGGGACGUGGCUUCAACAAG